AUGUUUCGCGGGUCUUUUCGUUUCCUUAGCAGCCAGAGCGUCAGCACCAUCUUUUCUAGCCGCUUUUCUUCCAUUCCUGCGGCAGAAAACGCAAAGGAUUCUGUUAUUGAUUUGACUCUGAACUCGGUGGUGAAAGUGUUUUGCCUCUCUUCCACGUCUAGCGUUUUACAACCAUGGCAGAAAAAGCUGCCCACAAAAAAAAGUGGCUCUGGAUUUGUGAUAUCAAACAAUAAGAUUCUUACGAACGCUCACGUAGUGUCUGAUCACACAUUCGUGCAAGUCAGAAAGCAUGAUUCACCAACAAAGUUCAAAGCAAAAGUCGAAACGGUUGGUCAUGAUUGUGAUUUAGCUAUUUUGAAAAUAAAUAGCAAAAAGUUUUGGAAGGAUUUGAAGCCCUUGGAUCUCGGAGACGUACCACCUCUUAACGAAACUGUGUUUGUUGUUGGAUUUCCUCGAGGUGGUGAUAACAUUUCCAUUACAAAAGGUGUUGUCUCUAGAGUUGAGGUUACAAAGUAUGCUCACAGCAAAGCUAAGCUAAUGACAAUACAAACAGAUGCUGCUAUUAAUUCUGGCAAUAGUGGUGGACCAGCAUUCAUGGACAACAAAGUUAUUGGUGUAGCGUUUCAAGGUCUUACAUCUUCACAGAACAUAGGCUACAUUAUCCCAACUCCAAUAGUUAAGCAUUUCAUAACUAGUGUUGAAGAAAAUGUUCAAUUCCCUGGGUUUUGCUCAUUGGGUAUAUCUUGCCAGAGUAUGGAGAAUGCUGGAAUCCGUCGUCUUUUCAAGAUGACCCCUAAAAUGACAGGGACUCUAAUAAGAAGAGUAGACCCGUUGUCGAGUUGUUAUGGUAUUCUUAAAGAGAAAGACGUUCUUCUCUCUGUUGAUGGUGUUUCAGUAGGAAACGAUCAGACAGUUGUUUUACGGAAGACCGAAAGCAUUGAUUUCAAUCAUUUGGUUUCUAUGAAGAAACCAUGUGAAAAAACAUCACUACAAAUAUUAAGAGAGGGAAAAAAACAUGUAUUCAGUAUCAAUAUAAAACCCGUGAAAGCACUGAUCCCAGAGUAUAAGUAUGAUAUGCUUCCAAGUUAUUACAUAUUUGCGGGUUUUGUCUUUUUGCCUCUCACUCAGGCAUACAUGGACAUUGCUCCUGUAAGCGAAAGUUUACCAGGAAAAGUUCCCAAAACAGCCGGUGAACAAAUAGUCAUACUUUCACAGCAGAUUUUAGAGGAUGACAUCAAUACAGGCUACAGAGAUUUAGAAGAUUUGCAGGUAAAGGAAGUGAAUGGAGUGAGAGUAGACAACAUGAAGCAUCUUCUUCAGCUCAUAGAGAAAUGUUGCACGGAUAAUUUGAGACUGGACUUAGAAAGGGGUUAUAUCAUCAACAUUGACUACAAAUCUGGGAAAAAUGUCAGUACCAAGAUUUUAAGACGUUAUGGAAUACCGAACGCCAUGUCUAAGGACCUUCAAUCUCUGAAGGUGGAUUGUAGCUAA